UGCGGAACUGUUUCCGAUAUCAGAAGAUCAUUCCCUGGUCUUCCUGGACCAGAGGGUGGGGACCCACAUGUCCAGCGUAGACCACUAAGCACUUGGUGGUGUCAGGUUUGGUCACAGCUCUGGGAGUUUGUAGAGCUGCUCGCAAGACUGAAAGUUCGGACUUGUCCUGAGGAAUAACCCCAUCAACAUGCUCUGGUCCCUGGCUGAUUUUGCUGUGAAUCACUUGUUCCUCUCCACUUUCUGCUGCCUUGUGGUGUCCACUGUGAUUCUAAAAUGUAUGGACCAUAUUCGCCGCAGUACGAAGAUAGACCGGGCACAGAAGCAGAGAGAGGAGGCCCUUCAGCUGAUGGAUAAACACGUUGUAGAUUAUAAGAAACAGCAUGGUCACACUGAUUCCAGCCGGAUCCUCUCCCUGCCCCUAGCAGAGCUUGUGGAGGAGCUGAAGAAAGGAUCCUUGAGCCCGGAGGCCGUCCUACAUGUCUACGUGGAAAAGGCUUUGGAAGUGACAAAGGAAGUGAACUGUGUGACGGACUUCCUGGCGGAUUGUGAGACGCAGCUGCAGGAGGUGAAGAAGCAGCAGGAGAAAGGUCUUCUCUAUGGAGUUCCCAUUUCUCUGAAGGAUGAUGUCGGAUAUAAGGGACAUAACUCAACCUUAGGUCUUGUCCAUUUUCUUGGAGUGGAUGAGGCUGUGGACAGCGUUAUUGUGCAGGUGUUGAAGAAACAGGGCGCCAUUCCCUUUGUGAAGACCAACGUCCCACAAUCCUUGAUAAACUUUGACUGCAGCAAUUCCAUCUAUGGACAGACCUUGAAUCCCCACAAUCACAAGAAGACUUGUGGAGGGUCAAGCGGGGGUGAAGGCGCUCUGAUUGCAGGAGGUGGAACAAUCCUUGGCGUGGGAAGUGAUGUUCUGGGAAGUAUCCGAAUGCCCUCCAGCUUCUGUGGGAUCUGUGGCUUUAAACCUUCUGGGGAUAGAUUGAGCGCGCGGGGAUUCUGUUCUCCGGUCAGUGGGAUGAAAUCAGCUGUGUCGAUGCCUGGGCCAAUGGCGCGGGAUGUGGACAGUCUGGCCCUGUUUAUGAAAGCCGUGCUGUGUGAUGACUUGUUCCAGCUGGAUCCCACUGUCCCCCCAGUCCCUUUCAAAGAUGAGAUUUAUAACAGCUCAAAACGCCUGACAAUUGGGUUUUUCGACACCGAUGGAUACUUUCUUCCCCACCCAAGCAUGAGACGGGCCAUCCAGGAAACCAAGACCCUCCUAGAGGAAGCCGGACACACGCUUGUACCAUUCACCCCACCGAGAAUUGAAUACGCCCUCAAUGAACUCUGUUUACGAGGAUUCUUUGCAGAUGGAGGAACGACACUUGUGGAUAAAUUUAAAUGCGACAUUGUGGAUCCAAACCUGAAACAGCAGAUUUUCCUGUAUAACAUCCCAAACAUUGUGAAGAAAAUCGUGUCGAUAUUUAUGAGACCUAUGUUCCCACGAAUUGCAAAUCACCUGGAAGCGCACUGUGGAGUGGGCUCCGUGAAAGACCUGUGGAAACAUUACACAGCAAUUAAGGAAUAUCGCUGCAAUUUCAUCAAUGAGUGGAAGAAACUUGGUCUGGACGCUCUACUUUGUCCUAUGCUGAGCCCAGCCUUCAACAUUGGUCACCCAGGAAAACUUUUUGCCGGUUUUAGUUUCACCAUGCUAUACAACAUACUGAACUUUCCUGCCGGGGUUCUUCCUGUGACCACUGUGACUCCUGAGGAUGAGGAAGAGCUGAAACAUUACAAGGGCUACUAUAAUGAUCUCUGGGACAAAGAGUUUAUUAAGGGAGUAGAAGGUGGUGUUGGGCUCCCCGUUUCAGUGCAGUGCGUAGCAUUACAGUGGCAAGAGGAACAGUGCCUUCGCCUAAUGAAGGAAGUGGAGACCGUGAGCCGUGGCCAUAAAAUCCAUCCGUGACAUGAAUAAGACAAGACUAGGCCAUGAUACUUAAGUGCAACUUACUGAUAUCUGACAUACCCAUUUAGACAAAGAGGAAGUGUGGGGGGAGUUAAUUGCGGAACAGUUUAUUUAUAAACCUGCAUAAAACUACUGAAACCUCCAGAGACCCUCAUUACAUAGGGAUAGAGCUGAAAUAAUGCAGUUGUGUCCAUUAGAUAUUACAGACUGCGGAACAUAAAGAGCUGAGAUGAUACAGAUUAUCCUAAUAAUAAUGAAUCCCCCAACUAAAACCGGACCCCCAUGUUAUGCUACCAGUGGGGUUGUGCAGUAGCUCUUGUCUUUACCACAGUAAAAACUGUUGGUCCAAAAUAGCACCCGCCCAUACCACUCAUCAAGCCUAUCUAGUUGCAGCUAUACUACUUUCCAACUCUACCCCCUAUUAACCGGUCAGCUGAUACAAAGUGCCAACCAUACCAGUCAGCACUCUCCUACCAUGCCAACCAUUCACUCCACUAACCAAGUCACAACAUGAGCUGCUGCCCCUUCACCCCUCUGAGGUUACUUUGAUCCAACUAUACAAUUCAGUCAGUCUCUUCCACAAAACAUACUAGUUGCCCUGCACCUGCUGACUGGUUAGCCCUUUCCUCCUCAAACCAACUGUAACACUUGACUCCUCUUCCUCCCACCAACUGUAUCACCUGGCUCCUGUUCCUCCCACCAACUGUACCACCCAGAUCCUCUUUCUCUCACCAACUAUACCACCCGGUUCCUCUUCCUCCCACCAACUGCACCACCUGGCUCCUCUUCCACCCAACAACUGUAUCACCCGGCUCCUCUUCCGCCCACCAAAGUACCACCUAGAUCCUCUUCCUCCCACCAACUGUACCACCCGGCUCCUUUUCCACCCACCAACUGUACCAACCUGCUCCUCUUCUUCCCACCAACUGUGCCAUCCAGUUUUUCUUCUUCCCCCAAAACAGUACCACCCAGCCCCUCUUCAUCCCACCAACUGUACCACCCAGCUCCUCUUCAUCCAACCAACUGUACCACCCAGCUCCUCUUCCUCACAACAACUGUACACUCAUUUUAGGUGAGCAGAUAACAGAAUAUAAAGAAGACAGAACCUGAACCAAUUAUUUGCCAGAGAUAAUAAAGGAUAAAGAUUAUAACAUCUACUGAUGAUUAACUACUUGAAACUAAACAGUCAUUUUAUUGUGAUGGUAAUGGUGCUAACGACUAGGAUUGUACAGAAAUAAAAUAAUUUCACACUCUCCAACUAUUAUUAAAUUACCAGUAUAUUCAA